AGCGUCUUGCUUUGCUUUGAGCUGAUAUCGAGAGAAAUUUCCGCCUGUUGUCUUUUGCAUUGUAAAGGUAUGGCUUAUCCAGGCUUUGGGGCUCCACCUCCUGGUGGAUAUGGUGGGGUAAGUAAGGAGCUAGUUAGAUAUAUUUGGUCAUACAAAUCAAAGCCUCAGUGGCUUGCACAAAUGGAAGGCGUUUGGUAUUAAUUGUGGUUCGUCACAAAAAAUGUAAGCUUAUGUGCGGCAUUAAAGGUCAUAUAAGGCUUUUAUUUCCUCCCUUUCGCCAACAUCCAAAAUGACAGAAGGCUUUCUAGAUUCAAUUCUAGACCAUCAGUGGCGUAUAUGUUUGCUUUGUUGAUAGCGAGUAAUUUUCUAAGGUUUUUUUUUCCUGGAAGCAUCGAGUUCGUAACUUUUGUACAAUUAUAAAUAAGCUUGAAGUCAAUGUAAGCUAACAAACAAGAAAGAUCGUUCAUCAGAAAGCUCGCAAAGUAAGGAUAGACUCUGCAUUUUGUAGUUAGUGAAAAUAUCUUCAUCUCUCAUUUGUCUUUUUCGCGUUACAAGUGAAUGAGCCGAUCUGUAUCAAAAUUUUCGAAUGCAUGGUCAGAAAGAAAACAUUUCUUAUGUGCAGAAAAUAUUAGAUCAUAGAGUGUAGUUGAGUUAGGACACUGUCUUCCUGUACAUACUGAAUUCUAAAGACUGAGUACCCUAGAUCUCUUCAACUGUGUCAAAGGACAUUGAAUAAGCAGAUUGAUUCUUCUGUGCUCUAAGAAAAACUGAAGAGACCCCAGUGCUCUGAACUUGUGAAAUCCAGCUGGGGUGCCCAGGUUCUCUAGUUGCCCAGAAGCAAAAAUUAGGCACCACAGACCACCAGGCACUGCCAUAAGCCCAGCCUUGUUAUUUUGUGUUAGUAGCCAGUGCUUUUGUGGCAAAUGUGCAAUGAUUUUUAUCAGCUACAGGAGCUUCUGGAGAACCUUGAUUAUGACUGUUACCUGUUUUUGUGUUUACAGUUUCCAUAGAAACUGUUAAAAGUAAAAACACUAUGCAGUCAUAUUGUAUUCAUAUUUCUGUAAGUAAGAAAAGCAAGAUUGAUGUAUUGUGAAUGCCAGAUACAAAAAUAUUUUUGAUUCAGCUUACAAACAAUGAGGGUCUUGCUUGGUUCCAGAAAAUACCCAUACCCCACCACGGGGGGAAUUUCACUUAGGACCCCCCACAUCCCUGGAUUUUCCAUAUUUGUAAGGAACUGAUGACCCCCCACCCCCUCCCCUCCGGAAUUUCCACAAAGUAAGACAAAGACCCCCCAACCCCUGUGGAAAAGUUUAUUUUCACAAAGUAAAGAUUGAAUGAUGCUGUUUGCAGUUAAGCAAUGGUUUCAUUUAAUUUUAUUGAGUGGUCUCGAAUUAGAACACAGUAAACUACCUACAAAGCAACCUAAACUACAAAAUAUUGCUUAUCCCUUUAAAUGAAAAAGAUAGAGGUGAAAGUUCCGUCAGUUUACCUUGAUGUGCAGGCUUACAAUUUAUUUUUCCAUAUGGCAGGUAGCCGUCUCCAUGGCUUUAAUGUUGAUGGAAUUAUUCAGCGUGAAUAAAUCGCGAACAUGUCAAACUUUCAACCACAAAAUUAAGGAAAAAUGAAAAGGAGUAUAAAAACUCUAGAUUCUGAAAUCAUUACAUUGUAUACCUUCUGCUUCUUGAAGAGAAACUUUCACUGUUGUACUGUCUCUUGAUCGACUGAUGGAACUUGUAGAUUUGAAGACAUGCAUCUAGUCACCAGUGGUUUUUGUAUCAAAAAUAUUACAUCACAGUAGGCCUGUUCUGCGGAGACUGGUAAUGAGUAAUGGCGGUCAAUAUGAUGCACGCGACAAGUCAAGUUCUUGUUGGCCUUACAGGGGUUUAAUUCCGUUGGUUUCUCAUCAUUACAUAAUUUUUGGAAGAAAGAAAACCUGGUUUAGAUGAAAAACUUAUUUAUCUCUUCCAAAAUGAUCUAACCAGUAAGCAGCAGUUUUCUUACUGAGUUCGAAAUUAACCCCUUGAAAAGUGAUUUUUAUCGUCCAACCCCCUUCCCUCUGGAAUUUCCUGAGCCUCUGACCCCCCCACCCCUUUGGAAUUUUCAAUUCCCUCUGUGAUGGGGUAUGGAUAUUUUCUGGAACCACACAUUAUGCUCUAGUUGUCGCUUAUCAUUACAUCAUUUUUUUUUUUGCAAAUGGAAAGAAAUUUUUCAAGAAAGGGAUUAUAUUGUGGCCAUUGGCAUGCUACAUAAAAUGUAGGUGAAGUGUUACCUGUUGCUUCAGAAAAACAAGCACAGCCAUGCAGUUCUGUUGAAAAAAAUAUUUUUCUUGAUGCAGGAAGAUUAUGCUUCAUUUUCUUUGAUGCUUGUCAUCAGCAUGCUAUAUGACGUUAACAUGAAGUGUAACUUGUUUGGUCAUAUAAAUGUCACCUUGUACAUUGAAAAUUUUUUCUCUGAUGCAAGAAAUCACACUCUAUGUUCUUCGACAAAACGGGUUACCUUUUAUACUUAUAGGAUAAAGCAAGCCAACAAAAUGGCAAAUGCACAAGAGACAUAACAAAAACUGUAAAUUAUACGUUUUUUCUUUAGAAAGCUAUUUUUUUUCUGUUUUGGUGGGAUACAGUUGUGUCGCACAGUCAUGCCAGCCAUGGGUGGGGCAUUAUUCAGUCUAGGGCUUUGCUUCCAGAAGUAGAUGCCCCUGGAUAUCACAGGCUCCUGAACUUAGUAGACCUAAUGAGAUGAAGUUGCUAGUCCUGAUUAUAAAUACAGUGGAGGCUUUCCUAACAGACACUCUUGUUAAUGGACAGGACUAACGGCUGCCUUCACCAAAUGCUGUGUUUCUCAACUCUCAUACAAACUCUGUAUUUUUACAUUUCCGUAAGCAGCCAGAUCCAGUGAUGGACACUUUCUUUUGCAUCCUGAGGUGUCUGCUCAGGAGACCUUCUACUGUAAUUUAUGGUCACUGCACUUUUAAUCGCUAAAAGAAGUAAACUUUCUCUUGCUAGCCUUGGCAACCAAAAUGUUCACAGUUUGGAUUGCUUUGUCUCAUGUCCAAGCAAUGUAGUGUAUAAACUCUGAUUAAACUGCAAAUACAUCUAACAAGUUAUGAAGGUUCCAACCAUUUUACUGGAAACUAUAAACUUUUACUUUUUUUAUUAUAUUUUUUAAAUGUGGACAUUGUCUGCAUCAGCGUUUGAAAGCUGUUGUCAAAUUCAUGGCUUGUUGUCUUAAUUGUUAAAGUAUGGAGAGUAAAGCUUGGGACUCAUUCAUGCUCUUUCUUGCUAUUGGCAGGAUGUGCCUUUAAUAGGGGGUCUGCUUAAUACAAGUUCUUAAUCUGAAACUGUACACACUCAAAAGAUGGUUGUCUUAUACAGCAAUCAUACAUUGCUUUAUUUCAGUGAGAUUUACCAAUGGGCAUACUUUCAACAAUAUUAUUUGUUGUAUAGCUGGAAAUUUUUUCCCAAUUCAGCACAUGCUUUCAUUGGUUACUUCAAGGUUACAUGACAUUUAACAAUGAAACUGUUUACUGCCAAAAUCUCUGAGCUGAGGCAACAUUGCAAAAUCUAUCUAUGUGCAGUGUUACACGUGAAAGUUGAUGGAUAACCGCCGUUACAGCAAGUUUAAUGAAUUCCCAGCUUUAAAAUUUCCAGCAGCUACAGUAUAUAACAAAUCACUUAGAGACUGGUCCCUUCGGAAACAGUUAAUUUUACUUCCCUUGAAUCUCAAUGUUUCCCUGGGCUCCCUCUCCGGAAACAUUGAGAUUCUCAGGAAACAAAAUUAAUUUAAUUCCCUCAGGACCAGUCAUUAAGGGUUUAUUACUAUUGUUUCACUUUUAACAGGGCUAUCCAGGUUUCCCAGGUGGCUACCCCGGUGCAAUGCAGCAAGAUCCUCUUUAUGGCUACUUUGCUGCUGUUGCAGGACCGGUAAGCAAUGAUAUUAUUAAAAUAAUUCAUGGCUGUUUUUAACACUUUAUGCUGUAGUUCAAAAUGAAAUUAAGGUUUGAAUAGUUGCAGGUGACCUACGUGUAUAGUACUGUCUUCUUAAGCACAGAACAUUGAAAGUUUUGAUUAAUAUAUUUAAUAUAAUUUAUUAAUUAAGACCCUUUUGUGAUAUAAUUAAAUUAGUGAAUUUAAUAUGGUGUUGAAUUUUAAGCCUGGUAAAUACCUGUAUAAUAUGAAGAGUCUUGUGUUUCAGUCAGUAACACAGGUAGCCUGCGAGCAAGCUCUCUGGGGUGCUCUGGCAGUAGGGUGGGAAAAGGAAGGAGAGCUUGCAACUACAUUUCUGGAAUUUGAAUUCCACCUUCAAUUCCCCUGUGGCUCCCCAUCGACUGAGCUAUCAGAUUUCUGCCAAACAGCGCGAAGUGGAAAUGAGCGCGAAUGUAAACAAACAUUGAAAAACAUGUGCCAAAGGUAAUGACGUCAUUACUAAUGUCAUCUCUCCCAAUCAGCAUUUCGCAUCGACUUUUUCAAAGCAGAUAUUCUAAUUCCAGAGAUGUAGUUGCAAGCUCUCCUUUCUUUUCCUUUUCCCACCAUGCUGCCAGAGCACCCCGGAGAGCUUGCUCACAGGCUAUAACACAGACAACUCAGAAGAAACAAUCUGAGGUGUCAAAGCUGUGACUUUCUGGUUACUUUAGUUCCGCUAUCACUGAGCUACAGUCGACUCCUGAUAACUCGAGCCUUGUAGGGAAAUCAGAAAAAGUUCAAGUUAUCGGGAGGUUGAAGCAAAUAACGAGAAGUGCGGAAAUAAGCAAAUGGAUGGGGAGGUAAGCAACAAAGUAUACAGGGAUGGACACUGAAUUUGAACUGGAGUGACAAAAAAGUAAAGACAAAGAAUUGACACAGUUGUUUUGAAAGAAAUUCAAUGUUCCGGACUUCAGUACAUGGUUUUUUUCCCAACUUGUCACACACUUAUAAUUAAUGGUUCGAGUUAUCAAGGGUAAAAUUGUAUACAAAUUAAUGAUCUGAAGGGGAAACAAAAAUUACUUUAAAAUACAAGGAGGUUCAAGUUAUCGAGGGUUCGAGUUACUGGGAAUAAUUUAAUUGCAGUUAAUGUGUGAAGAAAAUCCAGGGGAAAUCGACUUUGGUUCAAGUCAGCACAAGGUUUGAUUUAACAAGGGUUUGAGUUAUCAGGAGUCAACUGUAUAUUUGCCCCAAGAACUCAAAACAUGCACGCAUGUAAAGUAACAUUAAUAAAAUCUUUGUAUCCCCACUUCCCUAUUUGUCAUACAAGUAUAGAGUAGUCCUGACUGUACAUCCCCCUAAUUUUUCCUUUGAUUGUUCGAAACUUAAUAAUUAUGCAUAUACAUGUACAUUACUUAAAUUACAUUAUUAUGUAAAGGAUCAGCAAAUUGAUGCCAAAGAACUGCAGGGCUGUUUAACAAGCUCAGGAAUUUCCGGAAGUUACCAUCGUAAGUAUGAUUUUAUGGAUUUCAUGCAUUGAUUUUGUUUGAUAAUAUUUAUUUCUGUUGAGUCUUGGCCACACGCAAGCAGAUAUUGGCAAAAAUGUGGCCAGGUUUGUUCCUUUUUGAGCCAGGCACAGAAAUGGGAAAAGCAGAGCUGGAGAUUAGACAUAAUAUUAUUAUUUUUAGUUAUUAUGCAGAGAUAAAAAUUAAUAUGAUAUAUACCGGUAAAAAUGUGCCCUAUAUUACAUGAACCACUAUAAUUAAAUAAUAAUUUUUCUAGUCUCAACAAUGUUGUUAGAAAUAUACCUAUCAAUACUCUUUCUAUUUAUUUUAUAAUGUGUUAAUUUGAAAGAGGGGCCCACACAGAACCUCAGAAAAGACUGGUGGAGGGAAGUGAUCGCCUGGAAUACAUUUGUACAACUGCAUUUGCAGGCUAACCUCAGUUUAAGAAUGCUCCAUUUUUUUUUCUUAAAAAAAAACACAGGCUAACCUCAGUAGAAAAGUGCUGGAUUUUUUUUUCUUAAAAAAAAAAAACAAACAAACAAACAAAGAGGUUUGCCAAAAUGUAGUUGAUUUUGUUUUACUUUAUGAAGAGUUGGAGUGUCCUUGGUUUAGUCUAGCUAUUAGGAUAUGUCAAUAUUGCCAUUUGCACUGGAUUGCAUUACUCCUGGGCCAGGUUUUUUAAAGCUGGGUUAAGAUAGCCCAGUGUUAGUGCCAAAUUUGAAUUCAGAUAUGAAAGGUUAGAAAGCAAUAUUUAGUUUUAUAAUUAAUUCUUCCUGUCUACAAUUUGAUGAUUGGAUACUCUAAAAAGAAUUGGAAAAACUAUCUGACUAGGAAGAUAUAUGCUUUUCAACAAAAGAAAAAGAAACCCAAAGUAAAGUUUAAGUCCAGGUUAGUGAUGAUCGGCCUUCGAACAACUGGGCCCUGUAUGUCUAAACCCAGAUACUUUAAUGAGUUCCUUGAAUAGAUCAAGACUAGUGAUCCAUGUACAGGCACACUGUAUUGUUGUUGGUUUUCCAUAUUAGUGAUAAUCAUGGCUAUUUUUCUUCCUUUUUAUGUUGUUUGAUUUCUCAGCAUUCAGCUUGGAGACUUGCAGGUUUGUAUGAUCUUUGUACGACAGCACUUAACAGAAUGUUCUGAAAUAAAUGCAAUGAAUAUUAUUGCAGGUAAAGAUGUAACUUAUGCAGUUGCAAAAAGAAAGCCUGAAAGAAUUCAGGUUUGCUGGGAUUCAAACCCUUGACCUUUGUAAUACCGGUGCAGCACUCCACCAAAUGAGCUAACAAGCCAACUGGUUCGUAAAAACCCCCAGGAAAGUGAAGAUGAAAUGAUGAAAGUUUUGAUUAUGUUUUGAAGUUGCUUACAUUCAGAUCAGUUGCAGAAGUUACAUAUGUUUCAACUAGUGCAACAAUGUCAUGUUUGAUGAUUUGAUUAUUCUUAAAAAAUCGUUUGUUUUCAGCUUAUUUCCAAGAAUGCUGCUAACCGUCAGCAAUUGCAUUGCCCAUCCUUCAAACCCCAGCUCCACUUAUGAGGUCCUUACAUGGCCAACUGAUUACUGCAUUCACUAUACAAUGUACAUGUGUUUACGCCACAUUAAUAAUUCUUGUGAGCAAUAAAUUAUGACUUUUAUUAUCUUCUAGACAACAGCUCUAGAUACGUGCUUUCUCAUUACUGUAUUUUUGGUGAUAGACUACAAAGAAUAAUCUUACUUUAAUGAUCAAAUCUGGUCUUUACUUUGGAUGUUUAGGGUAAUUAUUUUGUUGAUUGUAUUCUUUAUUUCAUUUUACUUUUGGCAGGUUAAUGAUCACCAUGUUAGAUGUAUCCUUGAAUCAGCUAAAUUAAAUUUCUGUAUACACCAUGCAAGCUCGUCUUAAAUGUCAUCAUCUGUCUCUUCUCCUUGCUGCCAAUUGUGGGGUGGGGCGAAGUGAUGGAUGGCAUUUCAUACUUCAUUUAAGCAUAAUAAUUAUUUUGUCAUCAGGAUAAAUAUUGUCUUUGCUUGAAUACAUGUAAAUGCCUUACUAGUUGUUUAACAAAGAGGGGGAACUGGUACUUUUAUUUAAAACCAAAAAAUGUGACACAAAACAAAACAAAAUUGAUAAAAAAGCAAACAAACACAACAUCAAAAAAAAGAAAUGUAAAAAUAUGGGAAUUUAGUUCGUAUGAAACCAGUGUGAAACCACUCAUGCCAAUGAUCUAAAUGAAAAGAAAGAAAGCUUUCCAGUGGUCAAGUUGACCUCUUUUUUUCCUGCCAUUCUUUUUUAGUUUUCACAUCAAUACAUAAAUGUAUAUUGUGGGGGUAUAACAUCAGUACUAUAUUUCAUAUUUUGUAUACAAUAUAACAUGCCUUUCUUAACAACUGAGUAGCGAGACUUCAGCGGCAAAAUGGGUUUCAGUGAAUUCAAGGAAUUGUGGGCAGCACUGAAUCAGUGGAAGGUAACCUUAACACUAGUCUGCUACACAGCCGUUUUUAGCGUCGUCACGCAACGCUCCUCCCCACUUGUGGAGAGGAGCAUUGCGUGACGACCCUGAAAAAGGCUGUGUAGCAGACUACCUUAACACAGAUUAUUACUGCAUUUUUUCAAAAUAUGCGCCUGGGAACUAUGUUCACACUAAACCGGGUAUCUUUUGCACCGCCGGCACGAACACCAAACCAGAUAGGGCAAGUUCUUUUCAUAAAUAAGAAUAAUUGUGACUUUGGCGCGAUUUCUGUAAGAGGGUGAAGCUGUUCCGCGCCGAUCUCUAGAUUGGGGAGUCACAUAUCAGAUGGGUGUUGACCAGAUAACUUUUAGUGUUGGCAUCAAAAGCUAUCUGCUGUGGUAUGAACAUAACCUUAGCACAACAGGUGGUGGUGUUGGUGGUAGUGACUUUGACGUGUUGUGGGCUUUUUUAGCAAUUUAUUUGUAAAUAAUAAAUGUAUUGUUUUCGUAGACUACAUUUAUGCAGUAUGACCGUGACAGAUCAGGAACUGUGGAACCACAUGAACUUCAUGCUGCUCUGUCUGCCUUUGGUAAGGUCCUGAGUGCCUUUUACACUUUAUAUGUACCAAAUUAACUCUUAACUCCAACAGUCAAUCAAAAAUAAUUAAGGUUAACGUCGAGUAGCAAGGUUUCAGCUGAGGUUUAUUUCUUUUCUGUUGGUGCGAUUUUUUGAUAAAGCCGCAUAAUGAAUCACAGGGGCUUCUGUUUUCUGUGCAUGCGUUCUUGAAAGCUAACUGCUCUCUUCAAAAAGAGAACCUCAAAGAUCACUUAAGUUCAAGUGAAACCUUUCUUUUGCUAACACUUGAAACAUGAGCACCGCACCUUUGUGUAAUAAAUUGUAGGAUUCUUAUUUGUCUUCGUCAGGUUAUCGUUUGAGCCCUAACGCCUUGAACAUCAUUGUCAAGCGAUAUUCUACCGAUAACCGAAUCACCUUUGACGAUUUCGUGGCCUGCUGUGUGCGUCUAAAGUCCUUAACAGGUAUGUGCAGACAAAAAAUGCCUGGCUGAGUGAUCAGCUCCUCGGACUCUUCACUUUCGUAGUUUGUAGGAUGGCCCUUGGGACCUGUCGCGACACAGGUGCACGCUCGGCCGCUACGCUGCCUAAAAACCUUCUUUCGCUUGCUUUACAGCUUUUCAGGUGUGAAACUCGUUAGGUCGACUUGUAGCAAGUCUAGUCGGACUCAAAAGGGGCCUUACGAUCCGACAACGGCGACGUCCAUAAAAACAUCGUUGAAAAAUUGACUUCGCUCAUUUAACUUUUUCUCGAUUAUACCAAGUCGCCCAGAUACUGAAAAGAAGGGAAUUUAUGUUAGAGCUGAAGAGAGGGGACCGCCCCCGAGUUCAGACAGAGAUGCUAGAAUUUAUAGCGUUGCCGUUCCCUUUCUCAAAUGAACGUAAAAUUUGGCCAUUUCAUGUCGUAGUUGUGCAGGGAUGGUAAAGAAAAGUACAAAAAAGCGUGAUGCACGUGCAAAGCUGUUGUUUAGCUAAUUAAACUUAUUGCUUUUUUGAGGUUCUCGUUUCCGUGCCCGUUGUCGUUGCUAAAGCUCCCUGAUUUAAUAUGAACUUCUAAAAGGAAAAUGAUGAUAAGAAGUGCGACUGGGUAAAUGACUUAAGAUAAAUUCCCCAACCGUCUGUGCGCUGGCUCGCUUAUGUAUCAAACAUCAAACGUUACUGGGUAAGCUAUUAAAAGUACAACUGAAGAAGUGGGGAUGGGAGGGAGAAGAUAAGAAAACGCGGUGUUUUGCUUCAAGCGUUAGUUUUCCACCCCUCCGUUCCUGUUUUUAUGUAUUUAUUUAUUUAUUUUUAUUUACUUAUUGACUUAUUUUAUUUGUUUGUCGUCAUUCGUGUCCUACCGGCCUUAGCGCAAAGAUCUCAUAGGAUCGCUUCCUUUCAGCCAUACUUCCGUAGUCCGUUUUAUUCAGAGGUUGUCUAAAAGUAAAUCACCUCUGUAAAAUUAAAGUUGUUUCUCUGUAGAUAAAACUCUUACCAUAGUUUUGCCUUGACGUUUCUCGUCAGAUCAAUUUAGAAGACGCGACACUGCCCAGAACGGAAUGGCGACUUUUCAGUACGAUGAAGUAAGUAUCGUCUUUGUCACUGUAACCUUGGCAAGCUUUUACAGUCCUGUUCUUUCUUCGUAA